AUGACAGGUACAACAACAACCACAAUAAGAACAAAGCAAACAACUAAGCAACGGCCAGCCAAGACGAAGCCCAUAGAGACAAAACAAUCUAAUACUAAGAAUGAAAUAUCAAGUAAGUCAAAACCAAAAUCAAAAUCAAAAUCACAAAAUAUAUCAACUCAUGCAAAAGUUACGAAAUUAGCAUCAGGUGAAGAUACUAAUAAAAAUAAGCUCACACCACAGGAGGCUGCAAGAAAAGCAGCAGAAAAGAGGCUGGCAGAAAGUAAUGAGAAGCAAACAAAAGGUGAAUUGGGUAAAAAAUUGGCUAAAGAAAGAGCUAAGUCUAAUAAGACUCAUAUGAUGGAGCAAGCAGAGCAACAAAAACAAGCAGGCCAAGAUACAUUGAUAUACGAUUAG